AUGCUGGGCCCCAAACACAGUUUUAUUCAGAAGAUGUUCAUCAUGUACAAGGCCACUGAUAAGCCACUCGUCUACUUCUUUGCCUUCAUGUUUCAAAGCAGCUGGAGAGACUACAACUCUUCCUUCCCACGCGGGGGCGGGGCUAGCGCUGAUGACGCCGCAGCGCACCGGCGAGUGGCUCGGAUUAUGGUGUGUGGGAAGACGUCUCUCGCUAAGGAGGUUUUCGGGGAAACGUUGAACGAGAGCCGCGACCCCGAUCGCCCGCCUGAGCGCUACACGGCGCGCUAUUACCUAAAGUUUACUUUCUUGGAGCAGGCUUUCGACCGGUUAGCCGAUGCCGGCUUCCACAUGGUGGCCUGCAACUCCACGGGGACGUGCGCCUUCGCUCACGAGCAGACCGACGACAAAAUCUGGGCCAGCUACACCGAAUACGUAUUCUACCGAGGCAAUGCAUCCACAUCGCCGUGCUUCAGGGAACCAGAUAUCGACAGAGCAGUGGAGGAGGCCAUAUAUAACCCAGAUAUAUCCAGCGUUUGUAGCCAGGAUGACACAAACAUUGCUCUUGACCUGGACAAUGAAUCUCUUUCGGACCCCCUUCCGCCUCUCCCUCCACCUCUGGAGAGCCCUGAGCCGCCUCUACCCCGCGAGCCGAGCCCUCCUCCGCUUCCCGUGGUCAAUCCGGCACGACCCACCACUCUGUCUCUGAAAACACUGCCCCGGCCCACACCCAGCAGCACCGCGGCCUCCACCACCAGCGCCAUCACCAGGGAGAACGGAGGACCGCUGAGCAAAGACCCAGAAGAAGAGGAGAAGAAGCAGAUGGAGGAAGAGCUGAAGAAAUGCAUCGAGGAUUUCAGAAAAAUCCACAUCCCAAAACUUUUCCCAGACCGCAAGAGACACUGGCAGAGUGAUCUGCUCAAAAAAUACAAUGCGUAAUACCGAUAAACCACCCUUCUGAAAACACCAGCAUUGUUUGGGUUCUGGGUCUGGUUGCACCAGCUAUACUGAAAGUAAAUGACUUUGCCUAGUUGUGGCAUAAAGGUGCACUGCGGUUUACACAUUGUGUGAUUAAAUGACUUGUUAGAGACUCUUCAACGGGAGCCUGAUCUAAACAGCGCACCUGUGUGGUUCGCUCUGUGUUAUACACGGCAAAAAAAUCUAAAUGCAUUUUUUUGUGUCAGUGUUUAUUGCUCCUUAAUAAUUUCAAAUACAGUUCUUGAAAGCUUCUUAAUUACCAGUUAUAUUAUUUUAUGAUUAAAGUUGCCGUCCUUAAGUUUCAGCUCUUUGUCGCCAUCUCUGUUUGAAAGCUGCAAUUGUGGAGUUAUCUUCUUUGCGUGGAUCGUGCAGUGACAUGUUUUGAGGAGUGUGUGUGUGUGGCAGUCAGUCACCACACCGGUGUGAAUACUGUACUUAACAAUCACAGAUUCUACGUCUUGGAAGUAUGACCCAAAUAAGAAUUUUCAACAGAACAUUUCCUCUGAACAAGUAAAUAAUAUGUCUGCCACUUUUGUUCAGACCAACUGAGGAAAAAAAGCUUUACAAUACAUUACGCUAUCAAUGGUGAUUAGACUAAAUCUAAUGAUUGCUUAGCUCAUAUCGCAUCAAACAUGCAAAUGAUUAUUGUUAUGCUUUGUUCUCAAAAUGUUAAUGUUAACAAUGUAAGCAUUGCGUUGGCUAUGUGUAUUUAGUGUGUAUUAGCAUUAACUGUGGACUACAGGUGAAUCUCUAGUUGUCACUGAUGAUUGACCUUUCUGGAUUACAAUCUGCCUUCAAAAUGAUAAGUCUAAUUAUUCCAGCUGCUGUGAGAAA